AUGAUUGAUGCCAUAGGUGCUUAUGGACCUAAUUUACCCGCUCCUAGUUAUCAUGAAAUCAAAGUUCCACUUCUCAACAAGGAAGUUGAGUAUAUGGAAAAGUUUUUGCAAGAUCAUAAAUUGCAAUGGAGCAAACAUGGGACAAUGAUUGUCAAGUCCAUUGAUGGUUCAAACUUUGUGAAGACAGGAGAAAAACUAUUUGAGAUGCUUGAUUCCCUUAUGGAGGAGAUUGGGGAAGAAAACGUUGUUCAAGUUAUAACAGAUAAUGGGAGCAAUUAUGUGUUGGCUGAUUUGAUGCUUGAAGACAUUGGAAAGCUUCCUUUGAUAAAGAAGACAAUUCAAAGAGGAGUUAGUCUUGUUGGCUUUAUCUAUAGUCAUUCUAGUACCUUGAGUUUGUUGAGACAAUUUACAAAUAAGAGGGAAUUAGUAAGACAUGUCAUUACAAGGUUUGCUACCUCUUAUUUAUCAUUACAAAGGUUGCAUCAAGAGAAGGAAAAUUUGAGAAAAAUGUUCACCUCUGAUGAAUGGAGCAAUAACAAGCUAUCUAAGGAAGCCAAGGGGAGGGAGGCUACAAAAAUUGUUCUUAUGCCUUCAUUUUGGAAUCAAGUAGUAUUUACUUUCAAAGUCAUGGCUCCUCUUGUUCAUGUGCUUCGUCUAGUGGAUGGGGAAAGUAAAGCAGCUAUGGGUUAUAUAUAUGAAGCAAUGGAGAAAGCCAAGGAAAUAAUAAUGAAGUCAUUCAACAACGAUGAAAAUACAAUGAUGUAUUUACAAUCAUUGAUAACACAUGGACAUGUCAACUUCAUUGCCCCUUGCAUGUUGCUGGUCACUUUUUGA